AUGGAGAGGACAGGACCCGCCGCUCCGCCUCUUCGGCCCUCAGGCAGCUGUCGCACUGCCUUCGCCGUCACUUACAAAGCUGUUGGCAAAGGGGAUGUGCCAACUAAGAGACCACCUGUCCUUCGAGCGGGAGUCAAUACAGUCACCACUUUGGUAGAGAACAAGAAGGCUCAGCUGGUGGUGAUUGCCCACGAUGUAGACCCCAUUGAGCUGGUGGUCUUCCUGCCCGCCCUGUGUCGGAAGAUGGGGGUCCCCUACUGCAUCAUCAAGGGAAAGGCCAGGCUGGGGCAGUUGGUCCAUAGGAAGACGUGCACCACUGUUGCCUUCACACAAGUUAACUCGGAAGAAAAGGGUGCUCUGGCCAAGCUGGUGGAAGCUAUUAGGACCAACUACAACGACAGAUAUGAUGAGAUCCGCCGCCACUGGGGAGGCAACGUCCUGGGUCCUAAAUCUGUGGCUCGAAUUGCCAAGCUGGAAAAGGCAAAGGCCAAAGAACUUGCCGCUAAACUGGGUUAAAUGUACUGCUGAGUUUUCUGUACAUAAAUAUAAUUACAAAACUUCA